GUCACUACUUUAGAGCUGAAGAAUGUGAGACAUCAACUUUCCUGUCCGUCUCCCAGAUCGCACAGCUAACUUCUUCCACCUGUGUCCCGUUGUAUUCAGCAUGGAGGAGCAGAAUAACUCUGCUGGGAAGGAGCUUCAACACAAGACACGAGCAGAAGUUCCAGGAAAGAAAAGCUGGCAGCCACAGGCCUACACCCUUGGGGCGAUUUCCAACUUUGUGUCUACUUUCCUGACCUUUCCUAUCUAUAAGGUUGUGUUCCGGCAGCAGAUCCAUGCUGUGGCCGUGUCAGAGGCUGUGAGACAGCUUUGGCACGAAGGCCCUCAGUACUUCUACCGGGGCAUCUAUCCUCCUCUUCUCUCCAAGACCCUCCAAGGGACUCUGUUGUUUGGCACUUAUGAUAGUUUGCUGUGCUUUCUCUCCCCUGUUGGGCCACACUCCCUUGGACAGCGCUGGACUGCGGGGCUCAUGUCAGGUGUAGUAGAAGCUGUAGCACUUAGCCCCUUUGAGAGAGUACAGAAUGUGCUUCAGGAUGCUCGAAAGCAAGCUUGCUUCCCUAGCAAUAGCAUUCUCAAGGAAUUCAAUUCUUAUGGGCUUUGGGAGGCUGUCACUGGGCUAUUAUGGGGUUUCUGGCCAGUCCUGGUCAGAAACAGCCUGGGAAGUGCUCUCUAUUUCUCCUUCAAGGAUCCUAUCCAGGACGGCUUGGCAAGGCAAGGCCUGCCCCAUUGGGUUCCUGCUUUGGUGUCUGGUAGUGUCAAUGGAACCAUUACCUGCCUGAUUCUGUAUCCUCUGAUUGUGCUAGUUGCCAAUAUGCAGUCUCAUAUUGGCUGGCAGAGAAUGCCAAGCCUAUGGGCCUCUGCGCAAGAUGUGUGGGACACUCGAGGUAGAAAAAUCCUGCUGAUUUAUAGAGGAGGAUCCCUGAUCAUCCUCAGGUCCAGUGUGACGUGGGGCCUCACUACUGCUAUUCAUGACUUCUUGCAGAAGGCACACACACACCAGAAGGAGACCGGGCCCGAAGCCAAAAAUCGUGGCUAUGUGCUGACAGGAUGGGCAGGGAGUAAGGGGGCAGGACCAGUUGCAGAGUUAUCAGCUUGUGGCUGCACCCGUGAACACCACCCUGGUCCGGAGGUCGCUGCGGACAGAAUUGCUGGCCUGAUCGAAGCUUUGGAACGAGCAGGUGAAAACGUGUGGCCCUCACGGGCCAGGCACAGUGGCAACUGCUGUCGCCUGUGCUAG